CUGCAUUCCAGGGAGAAGAGAUACGGAAAGCUCCCCUCCUACAGCCUGGUUGGGACCAAAUGCCAUUUGGCUCCUCCCCCCUGGAACUGCUUGCAUCAGCGGCCAUUCCAACUGGCUACACCUGAGGCCCACUCAGUUAGCUAGAGGACGGUUGGCAACCAGCAUCCAAGAUCUACUCAAUUGACUAGGCUAGGACCAACUGUCAUUUCGCUCCUCCCAGACUGUCUCUAUCAGCGGGCAGUCCCACCUGGCUGCAUCAGAGGGACAGGUUUGUCUUUUAUAUUCGUCUCUUUCCUGCAGGGAGUAGCCUUUUUUCCUCCUUUCAGGCAUUUCCCCCAGGGAAUCUUCUUGGGGAAAGGCCUGUUAAGACCUCUGGACAUCUCACAGAGCUGCUGUAGUACUAGCCUGUUCUAACAGAAAUCAAAAUCCUGGAGCUACCACAGGUCAAGAUUGCCAAGGAAGUAAGGGAGAAAACCAGGGAGUGAAAAUGGAGGCCCGAGUUGAAGGCCCAAGAAGAGUUCCACCCAUCGCCCAGGUUAUGAGCUUCGAGGAGCAUCCAGAAUGGGUGGCAUCACAGAACCAUCAAGCACAGGAGUGGCUGCCACCACAAUGGGCAAGUCAAUGGCAAGAGACCCUGAGAGUCCUCCAGCUCCCUCAGGUGAACUGGGAGAACCCAGAGUUGAGAGGACCUGUGCCCUGGGAAGAUCCGAAGGCAUUCCUGGCGUCCUUUGAGCAAGUUGCUGAGGCGUGCCAGUGGCCAAAAGAAGAGUGGGUGGCCCGGCUGCUGCCAGCAUUUAGGGGAGAAGCUGAGCAGGCCAUUAAUGAGCUGGAAGGCAGAGACAGAGAGGACUAUGGGAAAGUGAAAGCUGCCAUCUUGCAAGGGGACACUGUGAAAAUGGAGGAGCAGCGCCUGCGCUUCAGGCAAUUCCGCUGCCAGCCGUCUGAAGACCCACAGUGGGUUUACAGCCAGCUGCAGGAGCUUUGCCAUCAGUGGCUGAAGCCGCAGAGACACACCAAGGAGGAGAUCCUGGAGCUGCUGGCCCUGGAGCAGUUCUUGGCCAUCAUGCCCCAGGAAUUCCAGAAUUUGAUUGAGGAAGGUAGGCCAAAAGUGAUCCUGGUGGAGAAUUUCAUGAGCAACCAACAAGAGCAGGAGCUGUUGCGGCGGGUGGCCAGGAUUUCCUCGGGAGCACAAGAAGUUCCAUCAGGUUCUGCCCAGAGACAGGUCCACAGGGAAGCAACACAGAACAGUAAUUCCGAUAGCACUGUGCCCCCCAGCAGAGUAAUGAUUCCACAUGGCUCAGAUUCAGUUUGCUGCCCAGAUGAAGUGGAGAUGGCUGAAGGUGGACCAACUGAGGCGGCCAUGACUCUGGACAAGGAAGAAGGGACUGUGCUAAAUCCCACCCAGAGUGCUAUGUACUGGGAAGUCCUGCCGAAGCAUUAUGGAAACAUCAGUUCUCCAGAAGGAGGACUUGUGAUUCCCAAGCCAGCCGUAGUCACUGAGCCCGGACAAGAGGAAAUAGUGUUCAUUUUGGUUGCUGAGGAUGGUGAGACGUCUCCAGACAGCCCUUCAGCAGGUAGCAUGACUUGGAAUGAAGCCAAAAAUGAGAUUUCUCUACAAGAAAGCCCUGAGCUAAGAGAACAACCUGAGGCUCUACCAAGAGAAUGCCAGCCCACCACGUCUUCGAGGCCUGAGAAUUGUGAGACUUGGCCCAAAUCAACACUACACCAAAGGACUUGGCAAGAGAAGGACCAAGACAAGCCCUCUCAAUGUGGGGGGAAUGUGGAGGUCAAAGAAGUCAGUGCAUCUCCUCAAAGAAAGAAAAACCACAAGGGCCUAGAAUGUGGACUCAGAAGCCAUAGCUUAUCAGAUCUUGUUGGGCACAAGAGACUCCAUCUGGAAGAAAGGCCUUACCAAUGCUCCAAAUGUGGGAAGGCCUUCAGUGGGAUAUCAGCCCUUUAUGGACACAAGAGAAUCCACAGCACUAAGUUAGGUCCCAGGAGCAAAAAUCAGCCCUUUCCCUGUGCAUCUCCUGUGGACAAUCGUAGAACACUUAGAGGUGAUAAGAAUUCAACUAAAUCCAGGGAGGGGACUUCUCAACAGGAGAGUAAUGAACCAAAGGAAGGAUGCCACAUGCCAGCUAAAAUAUCCCCAAGUAAAACGGCUGCAACUCACAAGGAAGAAUGCAAGUCUGAAGGGCCACAGCAGGAGAAGAUGCAAACUGAGUCCAUCAAGCUUUCAGAAGGUCAUAUCUCCAUGGAAGAGGCUACAACACACACAUGGGUGAAACGGUUAUUGUACUCCCAGAGUGGGAAAACCUGUCCUAUCAGCAACUUGGGACUUGUUAACCGGGAAACUCCUCAUAGAGGAAGGAAACUUUACACCUGUCUGAUGUGUGGCAAAACCUUCAUCCAAAAAAAUAGCCUUGAAGACCAUCAGAGCAUCCAUACAGGAGAGAAACUUCAUAAGUGCUCAUUGUGUGGGGGGAAAUUCCGUUGGCGAAAGUGGGUGGUGGAACAUCAGAAAAUCCAUACUGAGGAGAAACCAUUCACCUGCCCCGAGUGUGAGAAAAACUUUUGUUGGAAAACUAGGCUGAGGAGUUACCAGGAAGCUCACGCCAGACAGAAUCCUGAUGAAAGCCCCAUGUAGGAAAACCUUCAGGCAGUCAACUGGAGGGUGGUGUGGAUGAAACAUUGAAAAUGUCCACAGCCAUAUGUGUGCCCAAGAGUGUCUGGGAAAUUGUCACUAAGAAAAGCCACUUGAUUUGAGAAUCCACACAGGAGAGAAUGUGGAGAAAGAACCUCUUGGUCAUCAGAGAAUACACACAGGAGAGAAAUCUUAUGCAUGCUUUAAAUGAGGAGAAAGUUUUUCCCAGGGAGUUGUGACUGUUACACCAGGACUCAACCACUCCCAAGUACUAGCUUCCAUGGUGCCUUUGAAUUUAAGUGUGGCUGCUGAGCCGGGCGAUGAAGGAGAAGGAGUGCAUAAUCAAGCUGGGGGCAGGUGGUUGCUCCAUCUCUUCCUGGUCAUGUUGCCUGAGCUAGAUGGAUGUGAUCAGGAAGAGGAGGGAGCAAUCCGCCCUCAUCUUGCCUGCUCUCUCUUCCUCCUGGUCACGUCUGGCCAUUGCCUGCCUAAACUAGAUGGAAAUGUGACCAGGAGUCAAGGCUGCUGCAGCAGAUGAGCUGGGAGGGUGAAAAAUGAGCCGCAGGUGCAUUGCUCAUUCACCCUUCCCACCCCACCAAGGCUGCUUUUCUUGCUCUCUGUGCUCACCCUGUCCCGAGCUGCAUGGGCUGUCAUUUGCCCGGU